ACCGUCGCGAGUCGCGACCCGCGGCCGGCCGGGGCCGGCUGGCCGCCGCUCAACCGCGACCGCGCCCCUGACGCGGGACGCUCCCGCACCGCAGCCGCCCGAGAGAGAGAGAGAGAGAGAGAGAGAGCGGCCUGCGCCUACCUACCUGCCUGCCUGCCCUGCAGCCUGCAGCAGACUGAUGAUUAGAGCGCGUGCGCAGGAGUAUAAAGCUAUCUCCGCUCGCCCCGGGGCCGCGCCAUCGGGCUGCCGCUGCUUCCUAUCGCGUGGUGCGACCCGGGAUUCCCUCGUGCUCCUUCUGUCCCCUUCCUCCGCCCUGAGGGGAGCGGGAGGACCCCGCAGAUCCCAUCGAAAUUCACGGCCGACCGAAACCCAGGCCGGCCCCCUCCCCCGGCUCCCGGCGACGACCGAUUCCUCCCUGUUCUCGUUCCUCCUACCCUUCAUGAUGUUUAGAUAAUCUGUGGUGCUGGGUUUUAGCCCUGUUUUGAAUUUUUAAAUUGAGCUAAGGAUUCAGUAUUAGUCUUGAAAGAUGAAUGGUUCAAGUGGUUCCCAAGGGCAUCAUGUCAGUGGAGAGAAGCAGCAAGUGCAUCAUGUUAGCCGACCCAUUCUUAACAAUGGACCAAAGCACCGUCCAUUGACCCCUAUGAGGCGAUGCCGUGGUGUAGCAUGUGUAGCUAUUAUACUGUCAACAGCAUUCCUAUUGAUAGUUUACUUGGCUCCUAUUACUACUUUUGUUGUGCGGCUGUUCAGUGUGCAUUACAGCCGAAAGGCGACUUCCUUUCUAUUUGGAAUAUGGUUAUCUUUAUGGCCAUUCUUGUUUGAGAAGAUAAACAAAACCAAGGUUGUCUUCUCUGGUGAAAAUGUGCCUCCAAAAAGGCGUGUAUUGUUAUUUGCUAACCACAGGACCGAGGUUGACUGGAUGUACUUGUGGGAUCUUGCACUGAGGAAAGGCCAUUUAGGAUAUAUCAAGUAUAUACUUAAGAGCAGCUUGAUGAAGUUGCCUAUUUUUAGCUGGGCAUUUCACAUUUUUGAGUUUAUCCCGGUAGAAAGGAAAUGGGAGAUUGAUGAAGCAAUUAUCCAGAACAAACUAUCAAAAUUUAAGAACCCCAGAGAUCCUAUCUGGUUGGCGGUUUUUCCUGAAGGCACGGAUUAUACUGAGAAGAAAUGCAUCAAGAGUCAAGAGUAUGCUUCAGAACAUGGUUUGCCUAAGUUAGAACAUGUCCUCCUUCCAAAGACAAAGGGGUUCAUUUGUUGUUUGCAAGAGCUGAGGAGUUCCUUAGAUGAAGUUUAUGAUGUCACAAUAGCUUACAAGCAUCGACUGCCAGAUUUUCUGGACAACGUAUAUGGUGUUGAUCCUUCUGAAGUACAUAUCCACAUUAGAACGGUUCAGCUCCAUCACAUCCCCACAUCAGAAGACGAGAUAACAGAAUGGAUGAUAGAGAGGUUUAGGCAGAAGGACCAGCUCCUGUCAGAUUUUUUCGUGAAGGGCCACUUUCCUGAUGAAGGAAUGGAAGGAGAUCUAUCGACGCCAAAGUGCCUGGCAAACUUUUUAACAGUAGUAGGCUUGACGGUCAUCUGCUUGUACCUAACUCUUUUCUCAUCUGUGUGGUUCAAGGUCUAUGUUCUAGCAAGCUGUGCUUACCUCUCAUUUGUUACCUAUUACUCCAUACUACCACCCCAACUGAUAGGUUCACCGGAGGGUGAUGUCAAGGCCAAAAAGGCUGUGUAGAUGUUGAUGUAACUUGCGAUGAAAACUUAUAUGCGCGAAGGAUGUUUACUGCUGGAAUUCAUGGAUUGUGCCGUUAAGGUUGCCUUUCUGCAGUAGUAGGAGAACUUUCUUGUGCUUCAUCAGUGUAUGAGGGCCCUUAUCUGAAGGCAUUAGCUA